AUGCCGAGCGAUGGGCUUGCAAAUCUUCCGAAUUCUGGCAUUGGUGGUCUUAAGGAUAUUACGAUUCGGGCUGGCCAAGACUUACGCCUUCCUGUUACGUGGUUCGGUAGUCCAGAGCCCACAGCCUCUUGGCUACACAACGACCGCCCAGUUGUGGCUGACGGCAAGCGGGCAAAAGUUACCACAGAGGAGGCACCUCACUCUGCCACUCGGCUUCUCGGUGGUCCUUUGGAGGAAGAUUCCGCGGGCACUUCUGUGCUUUUUGUGCCAAAAGUAACUCGCGAGGAUUCUGGUACCUACCAGGUCCAGCUUCAGAACCCACUAGGCCAGGUGACCAGUUCAUGUUCCGUCAUCGUUCUGGACGCGCCUGCUGCUCCUACCGGCCCAUUGGAGGCAACCGACAUUAGGGCGGACGAAAUUACGCUCGAAUGGAAGCCUCCGGCCGACGACGGCGGUGACGCCGUUAAGAAUUAUAUUCUGGAGAAGAGGGUGCCUGGAAGUGACAGAUGGCAGAUGGUGAGCGCAUUCUUGCGCACACCGACAGCAACUGUUCGGAAUCUGGAAGAGGGCAAGCCUUACGAAUUUCGUGUGAUGGCCGAGAAUGCGUACGGCGUAAGUGAACCGCUAAUGACAGCAUCAGCGAUCAAACCAAAACAUCCAUUCGAUGUUCCAAGUGGGAUGUCCGAACCGUUUGUGGAAGACGUAACUGAUGAUUCUGUUACGCUUUCUUGGGACAAGCCAACUCACGGACCUGUUUCUGGAUAUACUGUCGAGAAACGUCCCAAAGGGGCCAGAGAGUGGACAAAGGCCAAUUUGGGCAACAUCACGGGUACCAGUUAUACAGUGAAGGGCUUGCCUACGGGGCAGGAAUUCGAAUUCCGUGUGGUGCCCUUCAACGCCGCUGGAGUUGGCGAACCAAGUGAUGCCACGCCAUUUGUGAAGGUCCAGAAACCAACAGAAGCUCCCAAGAUUGGAAAGGACGUUCCCAGUGAGGUAAAUGCUGUACUUGGCCAGCCACUCAAGAUUCGCAUACCCUACACUGGCUCUCCUCCAGAUGCUGUUGAGCUAAUCAAGGUUUGUGUUCUCCUCCACUCUAUCCAGUUUUCAAUCGACUUUUUUUAA